UCAUCCGUAUCAUGGAGUCCUUUCAACAGAUGCUGAUACUUUUCUCGCUCUUCUUCCUUCAGCAUCAAGUUGAAUCUCAGAUCAAAACUGAUUGUAAAACAGUAUGCAAAGUGAUGGGUAAUUUAGGAAAAGUUGGAGGUUGUUACUGUUCUUAUAUGGCAUUUCAUAAAAGAGCUUCUCGCGAGGACUUUGAUUUAUACUGCAAUUGCUUUCGUAGACCGCAAGAUCCACUUUGUUGUCCACAAAUAGAUAUUCUACCUAAAGUAAAAUAUUCAUUAUCAAAUAACAACCAAAUGAGUAAGCGUUGCACUUGCACAGAAAAGAAGGUAGAGAGUUGUUGCACGCUUCGUUCUACUGACGACACCAUCAAUUUUAAACGCGAGGACUUUGAUUUAUACUGCAAUUGCUUUCGUAGACCGCAAGAUCCACUUUGUUGUCCACAAAUAGAUAUUCUACCUAAAGUAAAAUAUUCAUUAUCAAAUAAGUAA